AUGGAAAGAAAUUAACAAGCUGUGUGGGUGUGCUGCACAUGAUCAGCCAUGCUUGCUAAGUCUGUCUGUUGGUUGUUGCUAUGGCUACGAAAAGCCAGUGGAACCCAAUGAGCUGUCUGCAGCAGAGCUGAGAGGACCAGCCAUUUUACUUAUGGAAAACAGUGUGGCAUAUUCUGCUGAGCUUCGCCCUGGAAGAAGCCUCUUUUAUACAUCUCUUCAGGGAAGAGAGAAGCGAUGGGCAUGUUAGUAUACAAUGAUCACAGCCAAGCAGGCCUGCAGGCUGCCUUUCGGACAGGCUGUUGACUGCUGUUCCAAUUAGCUGAUUGGAGAAUGUGGAAUGCAGAGUGAUAAUGCUGCAUAUCUGCUAUCAGGCAGCAGCAAAGGUUUUUGUCUUGGGAAGGCAAGCUUUCCCUGCAAUAUUAUCUCAGCAGCUCCCUAGCUGCUUACCCCGAAAACGAGGGAUCCAAACGGAGGGUGUUGCCCUCUGCUAAUGCUGCUCCUGUGCGUGGCUGUGGCAUAUGAGCGGCAGGUCUGAAAAAGCAGGUGUGUGCUGGGACGGGCACUGGACUGGAACGCAGGCGGACGCUCUCGGGUUUACCUGCUUCCUGUUAACAGAUUGUGGGCUCCCAGGGCAUAUGUCUGCACGCUGAGGCCGAGGCGGAGAAGGGGCUUCCUGAGCGUCCCACUACACUGACAGAGACACUUGGAUUGGACUUAAUCUAAAACCUCUGGAGUUCAAGACCUUUUAAAAAGGGCUAAAUAAACAAUCUCUACAUGUAAAAGGCCACUGACUCCUACUUCCUCUGUAUAGAGCAACUGUUGAACUCAGCUGCCUGUAGGAAAACUGAAGACUUUAAUAACAAACUCUCCAAGGUCAAAAUGAAUACAGAUAGCGGUGGGUGUGCUCGCAAACGUGCCGCCAUGUCUGUUACGCUAACAUCUGUGAAGAGAGUGCAAAGUUCUCCAAACCUAUUGGCUGCAGGGCGUGAUUCUCAGUCACCAGACUCAGCUUGGAGAUCUUACAAUGAUGGCAAUCAAGAGACACUGAAUGGAGAUGCUACAUAUUCCUCUCUUGCAGCAAAAGGUUUCAGAAGCGUUCGACCAAACCUACAAGAUAAAAGAUCACCAACUCAGAGCCAGAUAACAGUGAAUGGAAACUCAGGAGGUGCCGUGAGUCCCAUGAGUUACUAUCAGAGGCCGUUUUCCCCCUCGGCAUAUUCUCUCCCAGCCUCACUCAACUCCAGCAUUGUCAUGCAGCACGGCACAUCCCUCGAUUCCACAGACACAUAUCCCCAGCAUGCGCAGUCUCUGGAUGGCACCACCAGCAGCUCUAUCCCCCUGUACCGAUCCUCAGAGGAAGAGAAGAGAGUGACAGUCAUCAAAGCCCCUCAUUACCCAGGGAUCGGGCCCGUGGAUGAAUCCGGAAUCCCCACAGCAAUUAGAACGACAGUCGACCGGCCGAAGGACUGGUACAAGACGAUGUUUAAGCAAAUUCACAUGGUACACAAGCCGGAUGAUGACACAGACAUGUAUAAUACUCCUUAUACAUACAAUGCAGGUCUGUACAACCCACCCUACAGUGCUCAGUCACACCCUGCUGCAAAGACCCAAACCUACAGACCUCUUUCCAAAAGCCACUCUGACAACAGCACCAAUGCCUUUAAGGAUGCAUCCUCUCCAGUGCCUCCCCCACAUGUUCCACCUCCAGUCCCACCGCUUCGACCAAGAGAUCGGUCUUCAACAGAAAAGCACGACUGGGAUCCUCCAGACAGAAAAGUGGACACAAGAAAAUUUCGGUCUGAGCCAAGGAGUAUUUUUGAAUAUGAACCUGGCAAGUCAUCAAUUCUGCAGCAUGAAAGACCACCCCCUCUCCCAACAGCUCCGACACCUGUUCCAAGGGAACCUGGCCGGAAGCCUCUUUCUAGCUCCCGACUCGGAGAAGUCACUGGUAGCCCCUCCCCUCCGCCCCGGAGUGGCGCCCCCACACCAAGCUCGCGCGCCCCGGCUCUGUCUCCCACCCGGACCGAUCGCAUAAAUCCAGAUGACAUAGAUUUAGAAAAUGAGCCCUGGUAUAAAUUCUUUUCAGAACUGGAGUUUGGACGCCCGCCUCCUAAAAAGCCUCUGGACUAUGUUCAAGAUCAUUCUUCUGGUGUUUUCAAUGAGGCCUCCUUGUAUCAGUCCUCUAUAGACAGAAGCCUGGAAAGACCCAUGAGUUCUGCAAGCAUGGCCAGUGACUUCAGGAAGCGGAGGAAGAGCGAGCCUGCAGUGGGUCCACCACGGGGCUUGGGGGAUCAAAGUGCGAGCAGGACUAGCCCAGGCCGAGUGGACCUCCCAGGAUCAAGCACGCCCCUUACAAAGUCUUUCACUAGCUCUUCUCCUUCUUCCCCAUCAAGAGCAAAAGGUGGGGAUGAUAGCAAAAUGUGUCCAUCCCUUUGCAGUUACUCAGGGCUCAACGGCAACCCCUCCAGUGAGUUAGAUUACUGUAGCACUUAUAGACAGCACUUGGAUGUCCCUCGGGACUCACCAAGAGCCAUUAGUUUCAAGAACGGCUGGCAAAUGGCCCGGCAAAACGCAGAAAUCUGGAGCAGCACAGAAGAAACCGUUUCUCCCAAAAUCAAAUCCCGGAGCUGUGACGAUCUCCUAAAUGAUGACUGCGAUCGCUUCCCGGACCCGAAAAUCAAGUCGGAAAGUAUGGGCUCCCUGGUGUGUGAAGCGGACUCCAAAGAGAGCUGCCCCAUGGCGUGGGGGUCCCCCUACAUCCAGGAGGGUCGCAGCAACGGCAGAUCAAGGAUCAGACACAGGUCAGCCCACAACGCCCCGGGGUUCCUGAAGAUGUACAAGAAAAUGCACCGCAUUAACCGCAAGGAUCUGAUGAAUUCCGAGGUGAUCUGCUCCGUGAAGUCCAGGAUACUGCAGUACGAGAGCGAGCAGCAGCACAAGCACCUGCUGCACGCCUGGAGCCAGUCCUCCACGGAGGAGGUGCCCCGGGACGUGGUGCCCACACGCAUCUCCGAAUUCGAAAAGCUGAUCCAGAAGUCCAAAUCCAUGCCAAAUUUAGGGGAUGACGUGCUGUCUCCCGUGACCCUAGAACCACCGCAGAAUGGCUUAUGUCCCAAGAGGCGAUUUUCCAUUGAGUAUUUGCUGGAGGAAGAAAAUCAAAGCGGACGCCCCUCUCAGGGCCAGCGAGGCUGCACGUCUAACGCCCUGGUGCCCAUUCACAUUGAAGUCACCAGCGACGAGCAGCCCAGGGCCCACGUGGAGUUUUCCGACAGCGACCAGGAUGGGGUCGUGUCUGACCACAGUGACUACGUUCACGUAGAGGGGUCAUCCUUCUGCAGCGAAAGUGACUUUGAUCACUUUUCCUUCACAUCCUCUGAAAGCUUUUAUGGAUCCAGCCACCACCACCACCAUCACCACCACCACCACCACCACCGCCACCUCAUCAGCUCCUGCAAAGGCAGAUGCCCGGCCUCCUACACUCGAUUCACCACAAUGUUAAAACACGAAAGAGCCAGACACGAAAACACCGAGGAGCCGAGAAGGCAAGAAAUGGACCCCGGCCUCUCUAAACUUGCUUUCCUAGUCAGUCCUGUGCCUUUCCGGAGGAAAAGAAAUGCAGCUCCUAAGAAACAGACUGAAAAGGCAAAAUGUAAAGCAUCUGUGUUUGAGGCUCUGGACUCUGCCCUAAAAGACAUUUGCGACCAAAUUAAAGCUGAAAAGAAAAGGGGGAGCUUGCCGGACAACAGCAUCCUGCACCGCCUCAUCAGUGAGCUGCUGCCAGAUGUUCCCGAGAGGAACUCAUCCCUGAGAGGGCCGAGGAGGAGCCCCCUGCACCAGCCUCUCCACCCACUGCCUCACGAUGGUGCUAUUCAUUGUCCACCCUACCAGAAUGACUGCGGGAGAAUGCCCCACAGUGCCUCCUUCCAAGACCUGGACACAGCCAACCACAGCUACCACCACCAAGACCGUGGCGGUGCACUCCAAGACCGUGAGUCCCCUAGAAGUUACUCAUCCACUUUGAUUGACAUGGGGAGAAGUGCACCAAGGGAAAGAAGAGGAACUCCAGAAAAAGAGAAAUUGCCUGCAAAAGCUGUUUAUGAUUUUAAGGCUCAGACAUCUAAGGAGUUGUCAUUUAAGAAAGGAGAUACUGUCUACAUCCUCAGGAAAAUUGAUCAAAAUUGGUAUGAGGGAGAACACCACGGGAGAGUAGGCAUCUUCCCGAUCUCAUACGUAGAGAAACUCACACCUCCGGAGAAAGCACAGCCUGCGAGGCCACCUCCGCCAGCCCAGCCCGGAGAAAUCGGAGAAGCUAUAGCCAAAUACAACUUCAACGCAGACACAAACGUGGAGCUGUCGCUGAGAAAGGGAGAUAGAGUUAUUCUUCUUAAAAGAGUUGAUCAAAACUGGUAUGAAGGUAAAAUCCCAGGAACCAACAGACAAGGCAUCUUCCCUGUUUCCUAUGUGGAGGUCAUCAAGAAGAACACAAAAGGUGCUGAGGACUACCCUGACCCUCCAAUACCCCACAGCUAUUCUAGUGAUAGGAUUCACAGCUUGAGCUCAAAUAAGCCACAGCGUCCUGUGUUUACUCAUGAAAAUAUUCAAGGUGGGGGGGAACCGUUUCAGGCUCUGUAUAACUAUACUCCUAGGAAUGAAGAUGAGCUGGAGCUCAGAGAAAGUGAUGUCAUUGAUGUGAUGGAAAAGUGUGAUGAUGGCUGGUUUGUGGGGACCUCAAGAAGAACCAAAUUCUUUGGUACUUUCCCCGGAAACUACGUCAAGAGGCUGUGAAUUGCUCUCCCUCCUUCCGUAGAGGCCGCCUGCCAGCCAUGCACCUGCGUCCAUGCGCCUGCAACAGCCCGCGGGCCUCCCGUCAUGCCUUACGGUUUCCAAUGCGCCGUCACCAUCUCCACCUGCCACCAAACCACCAGCAGAGGAACCGCCGCUGCUGUGAGCCUGGGGGCGACAUGGCAGGCUGGCCCCGCUCCGUGAAAGUGUGGAUUCCUACUUUCUGCUCUAAGCUUUGACACGUCAAAAUGUGGGAUCAGAAAGAAAAUCAUGAUAUUUAAAAAUGGUCAAAUAUUUGAGGGAAAAAAAAAAAAGUGUCUCCAGGAGGCUGUCUAGCCUCGUGGCUCCAUUUCCACAUCUCCCCCCAGGCGAUGUUCUCCCCCAAGACGACCAGAAAAUUAUUGUUUAUUGGGAAAUGCUGUGGUUUGCAUUUUCAUAUUCUUAGCUUGGCAGUGUAUAUUCUUUUCACAAGUUUGCCUAGUGUCUUGGUUUACACAAUAUGACGACUGUAACUGUACUUUAGCUAUUGUUUGCCUGCACAUACAUGUUGUAAUAUGCACAGUGAUUACAACCUUUAAAGCAAGAGGAGGCAAGUUAAUUUGGAUGAGUGUGAUUUUGUUGAUUGAAUGUGAGUUUUCAAAUAGGAGUCUUUCUCUGCAACUUGUUUGCAUUUUUUAGAAGUGCAAACGGUAAGUGAAUAAGAGCCCUCGGUAAUAAUCAUGGCAAUACGAGAGGCUGAGCUAGGCUACAGGGGAAAACUAUUGUGUUGUAAAGUUGCAUCGCUAUUUUAUAUUAAAAUGUAAUGAUCAGCAUCAUAACAAUGAACUCUUAGUGUUUUAUUUAUCUGAAAAAAUGUAAGUAAAAGCAGUGUUAGUGAGAGGUGCAAAGAAUUAUUCUAACAGACACUUGAAAGUAUCUGUAAGCAAUACUAGUAGGUAAGAUUUCACUGUGUGUACACAUACACAUUUGAGAUUGUAUGAGAACAUAUAAUCCAUACGAUAUGUUGUACAUUUUAUGGCAAUGUAAUAGAAUCUCACACAUUAUUUUAUAGAAAUAGAGUACAGAAGCAUCACAAGUAUUAAAGUUGGUUUUAGCAAGGAUUAUGACUAAUACGAUUAUUUUUACUAUAAUAAUUAUUUUUCUUCUAUGGAACUCGGAAUCCUGGCUACAUUUGAGGACAGGAAUAUGUUGAGCCUGAUUUUCCUGGUGUGUGUAAAAUAUUUCCUAGGAAUACAUUAGGCACUUUUUAGAAACAAUGCUAAAUCAUUCAGGUUUUAUUUUCUGCCCUGAAGCAGAAAUUUAAAAAAUGAUAUUGGGACCUGGAAGGUUUAAUAUAGUUCACAGUGCCUGAAUUACACAUACUCCGAGAACUAGCUUUGUAUUUCUUAUGACUUUGCAUAAGAAACAUUCAUCUUUGGAUCUUGAGCACCUUAUAGAUAAAACUUUUUAUGGCAUUUCUUUCGUGGACAGUGAUUGAUCUUUUCACAAUGUACGUAGCCUCUAGAAUUUUGUACAUAUGUUUGCUCUUUUUUUGUACAGACUAUUUAGUUGUUGAGAAAACGGGAAUUUCCUAAUUUGGUCUUUAUCCUGCGACACUUUCAGCAGACUAGCCUCUCCUUCUCUCACAGAUCACGAGCACCCCUAGAUAGUGUGAUUCUGUCAGAUAGCAUUUAUGCAAAAAUCUAUGAAGUUAAAAGAUCGUAGAAGCCAAAUGAAAUGUACAUAUCUACUGACUGAUGACAAGGGAAUUUCAUUAGGAAGAAGGUAAACAAACAUCUUUGAGUAGCCUAACUUGAUUUCUGUCAAGUUCACAACCAGCUUCAUAUUUUAAAGGCUUCAGGUUUGAAAUUAAGUCAACUGCAUGCAGCUUUGCUGAAAAAUGAAUAAUUCUCUUUGAUGCCAUUUAUGAGAAAAGACUUCAAUAUCUGUUGCCUGUCAUAUUUAAGAAAAAUUACUGUUUCUACUCUCUGUAUCUGAUUUUAAAGGAAAAAAAUAUUCAUACCUGGCUUCCAGGUAAUUGACUUUGAAUUCUUACAAGCAAAGGUCAUUGUGUUUUUCUUGAAUAGACAUCUAAUAAAUUUUGCUUGGAAGUAUA